CCAAAAUGAAGUCGCCGACGCAAGCUCCACCGACCAAGUCGCAUGCUGAGCGCACGUGGCACAUCAUUGGCAUCGUCGCCAUCAACAUUGCGAUGCCGAUUGGCAUCUACAACUACAUGAAGGCGCACACGUCCGAGAUCUACGCGGUGGCGCUCUCGGGCGUGCCGCCGAUGCUCAAGACCGUCUACGAGAUCUUUGCCCACAACCGGAAGGACCUUGUCUCGUUCAUGCAGAUCUUCUCGAUGAUCUUCUCAUUGGUGUUGCUGUCGCUGACAACGGACCCGCGCGUGCUCAUGGCCAAGGACUCGUGCACGACGAUCUUCUUUGGCUCGAUGCACUUUUUGUCGCUGACGUGGAAGGAAGACCUCUUCUUUAGCCUCCGGCGCCAAAUCACCGACAAGUCGAAAGAAGAAAUGGACGCCAAGUGGGCCAACCCAAAGGUGCGCGAAGUCUCCCGCUUCCUCUGCAUCGUCUGGGGCACGUUCAUGAUCACGGAUGCGAUCUUCCGCAUCGUGCUCAUCUACCUCCUCUCUGUGAGCACGAUCGUCCUCAUCUCGCCGUUCAUUGGCAUCACGCUCAUGGCUUCUCUUGGGUACUGGACCUUCCGGUACAUCUCGACCCACGAAGACGGCGAAGACGAGGAAGCCACGGUGCUUUUGUCCGACGAGACCGACGCGCCGCAUGCAAAUUACUCGACCAAGGUCGCCAGCGCCUGCUAAGGCGACAGUCGGCGUCCUGUGAAAU